AUUGAAUAUAAUAUGUAGCAUCUUAAUUAUAAGGGGAUAGGUUUUAAUUAUAGAGAGCUCGAGUGUUCAUGCUGAUAAGGUUGCCUUCUAGCUUCAAACUAGGGGAAUUUCCCUUAAGCUCAGUCAGCAGAUUGGUAUACCAGUAAGUGGAGGGUUGCGGGGUUGAUCCCCAAUGCACAAAAUAGCUACUCACAGUAACUUGUUUUAUCUGUUACAUUUUGGUGCCAUUGAUCCACUCCAAUUGCAAGCUAUAGGAGAAUGAAAUGCUUUGUUGGAGAUAGAACUUUAAAUUGUGGAUUUAAAUUUGAAAAAGAAAGAUAAAGUUGCUGAACUUGAUGCCAAGUGGAAACGCUGUGCAAUUACACAAGAACCAUUGCGUCAACCUAUCAUGGCUUGUGAGCUUGGAAAGUUGUACAAUAAAGAAUGUGUUUUGGAACUUUUGCUUGACCGAACCAAGUUUGAAUGUGCAUCCAGCUUUUCUCAUCUUCGAGGAUUCAAGGAUCUUAAAGAGCUGAAUUUGACAGAAAAUCCAGCAUAUGAGAAACCUAAGAAUGAGAAGGGAGAUGGCUACAUUGAUACAAACAUUGCUCCUUACAUCUGUCCAGUUGUUGGUAUAGAGAUGAACGGUAAACACAGAUUUUCUGUGUUGUGGAAAUGUGGAUGUGUUUUAUCAGAUAGAGCCAAUAAAGAGGUUAAAGGUCAGAUCUGUCACAAGUGUGGAGCUCCCUUCAGCCCUGAAGAUAUUGUGAUACUUAAUGGGACAGAGGAAGAAGUCGAUGAGUUGUACAAACGUAUGGAGGCCAGGAGACUACAAGCAAAACUAGAAAAGAAAUCUAAGAAGGCACAGAAACACAAAGUACCAGAGGCAGCUGCUGGAUCAGCUAGCCAGGAGUUUGAAUCGGCAACAGCAAGUAAAUUGUCCAGGAUUGAACCUGGGACAUCACAGAAUGGUUUGACCAAUGGAACCUCAUCACACAUUUCCAAAUUGGCCAAUGGGAAAGCAGAUUCCAGAUCAAGGCGUAUGAAUGGAAAAACUGAAGAAGCAAAAAAGCCAAAAAAUGGUGGCAGUGUUCAAGAUAACCCCAAAGCAAGCAAAGUGUAUAAAUCACUGUUUACAACAAGUGACUUGGCAAAAAACCAACAAAAUGCACACUGGGUUACAUUCAAUCCACAAUAUAACUAGACAAGUUGAGCGUGACAGGUUGAGAAAUUCACAGAAAAUUUGGAUUUAAUCUAUUUAAACAUCAUAUUUUGUAGAAAAGAUUAUAUUUGAUAUGUUGUACCAACAUAGCAUCCAAAGAAUUGAUGCUGCCAAUUUCAUUCUGGAAUCUAAACAUUGGCGUUUUCAUUGCAGCAUAAUCGAAAGGGAGACAAACGUCUUAUUACAUAGCCAUGUUGUUUUCACAACUGUAAAUAUAUGACCAGAAUAAUAAGUUUUUAUCAGGGAAAGUUCGUUCUGGACCCUUCACAAUAUUUAUUUACUGCUUUACUAUGUAUAUUUUGUAUUUCUGAAAACUGACAAAAAUAAAUAACUUUUAACUUCAAUA